GCUGAUGGUCGGAAGGUCCUGCGGUCGAGCAUACGGGAGUUCCUGUGCAGCGAGGCGAUGUUUCACCUCGGAAUACCAACAACAAGGGCUGGAACAUGCGUGACAUCUGACUCGAAAGUCGUCCGUGACAUCUUUUACGAUGGGAAUCCAAAAAGUGAAAGGUGUACCGUUGUUCUGAGAAUAGCUUCUACGUUUAUAAGGUUUGGUUCUUUUGAAAUUUUUAAACCUCCUGAUGAAUACACAGGACGUAAGGGUCCCAGUGUUAACCGAAAUGAUAUUCGGAUACAGAUGCUUGAUUAUGUGAUCAGUACUUUCUAUCCAGAAAUCCAGGAGGCUUAUCCAGACAACAGUAUUCAGAGGAAUGCUGCUUUCUUCAAAGAGAUAACAAAACGGACGGCAAGAUUGGUGGCUGAGUGGCAGUGUGUUGGGUUUUGCCAUGGCGUGCUGAAUACGGAUAACAUGAGCAUAGUUGGACUGACCAUCGACUACGGCCCUUUUGGAUUUAUGGACAGAUAUGACCCUGAGCACAUUUGCAAUGGUUCUGAUAACACGGGGCGCUACGCUUACAACAAGCAGCCAGAGAUUUGCAAGUGGAACCUGGGGAAGCUCGCUGAAGCUCUGGUUCCAGAGCUGCCCUUGGAAAUAAGCGAACUCAUUCUGGAGGAGGAAUAUGACGCCGAAUUUGAGAAUCAUUAUUUGCAGAAGAUGAGGAAGAAACUAGGCCUGAUCCAGCUGGAAUUAGAAGAAGAUAGUAAGCUGGUGUCUGAACUCCUCGAAACCAUGCAUCUCACAGGUGGAGACUUCACAAAUAUUUUCUGCUUGCUGAGUUCAUUCUCAGUAGACCAUGAUCCUUCAAAACUGGAAGAUUUCUUAGAGGAGCUUACGAGUCAGUGUGCUUCUAUGGAAGAACUGAAAGUUGCUUUCAAACCGCAGAUGGAUCCAAGACAGCUGUCGAUGAUGCUCAUGUUGGCUCAGUCCAAUCCUCAGCUGUUUGCAUUAAUUGGAACAAAAGCUAAUAUAAAUAAAGAAUUGGAACGUAUUGAACAGUUCUCUAAACUGCAGCAGUUAACAGCAGCUGAUUUACUCAGCAGAAAUAAAAGACACUGGAAGGAAUGGCUGGAGAAGUACAGAGGCCGCUUGCAGAAAGAAAUAGAAAGCGUUAGUGAUGCUGAUGCCUGGAACAUGGACCAUGUGAAAGUUAUGAAUUUAAACAAUCCAAAAUACAUCUUGAGAAAUUACAUUGCCCAGAAUGCCAUAGAAGCAGCUGAAAAUGGGGAUUUCUCAGAGGUAAGAAAUGUGCUGAAACUCUUAGAGAAUCCGUUCCAGGAAGCAGAAGGAUUCAGGGAGGUAAAGGAAGAUACAGAAGAGGAGGGAGCAACUGCUACAGCAGCUGCUUGUGCUCAGGAAACAAGAAGCAGACUACCCUAUUGCAGUAAACCUCCACUGUGGGCUUCGGAGCUCUGUGUUACAUGA